GUGACCUCGUGCUUUAAAAUGGUUCACGUGAAAGAUUAGAAAUCACAGAUCGGCUAGAACAUAAACCAAGAGCAACCAGAGAACAGUAAUGAUGAAGACCUCUCAGUGCCAAACCAGAGUCUCACAGAGCGGCAGCGCAAGCUACGUGAGCGAUCUCAGCACCAGCGCAAUGAACACGCUCAGCAGCACGAGCCUCACGCUUCUUGUUCUCCUCAUCUCAGCGAUCCCAGUAUGCAAAAGUGUUCCAAUACAACAGCAGAGAGCAAAUAUAUACCAGGACCAGCUUCUCAACCAGCUUGAAGAUGUGUGCUCAUCCUACUUUUCUGCAGACCUGCCAUUUCGGACACCUGAUGUUUUGGGAGAACUCUGUGUGUUAAUCCUUGUACAGAAGUCUAAGGACAUGAAAGUGCGGGACAAUCCUAGUAAAAGGGAUGAUCUCCAGGGACCUGAGGGAAUUCAGAGCAGAGGAUACUUCUUGUAUCGGCCAAGAAAUGGAAGAAGAUCCCUAGAAUUUGAUUAAAUGUAAGGUAUGGGGUAUUGAACAGCCACAACCUUCCUAGAGUGGUCCAGACCUCUGCCACAACCCCUUAAUGAUCAUUGUACAGUGAUGUUGAAUGUACACAAUGAAAGAAUCCAAAUAAAAUAGUCUUUAUUGGUCCAAAAGUCUUAUUUGUGUUACAAGGUGUCUUGAAUUAAAAGCAUUGUUAUA